AUGCUGUGUGACGCCUGUGGGCGCCUCUUCGUCAAGAAGAAGCACUGCCCCGUCUGCCUCAGGGUUUAUCGGGACUCAGAGCCAAUGCCAAUGGUGUGUUGUGACAAAUGCGAGCACUGGGUGCAUUGCGCAUGUGACAAUAUCAGCGAUGAGCAGUACAUGCAGUAUCAGACGAACUCAGAUCUCUCCUACACAUGCCCUGCCUGCCUGGGCCACGCUCCUAGUGUCGCAACAGCAGCAGAGGCCACUCAAGAGCUGUGGUCUCGAUUCAAACGCCGCGUGGAGCAAAGCAAGGGAGGAGCAAAGGCAGGCGGGGAGGGGGCAGCAGAGGAGGCGGAGGGAAGCACUUGGUGUCGAAAGAGGGGGCAGAGAAAGAGGGGCAUGGCGUCGCUCCAUGCGAAGGAGGAGCAGCAGGAAGGGGAUGUGGACCGGGAGGGGAGAGGAGAUGGGCAAGAGGGAGUUGAUGAGGAGGAGGAUGAGGGCAGGGAAAAGGCUCCUCCUCCGUUUUCGGAGAGUGAGGGAGAGGAGAAUGGGGGGGAACGGGGAGGAGGAUUGGGUAGUGGAGAUGGUGUUGGUAGGAAGGGAAGGAGGGUGGGGGUGGGUUAUGUUGCAGGGUCUGUUGGAAAGGAGAAAGGGGGAGGAGAAGAGGGCUUAGGGAAGAGGAAGAGGAGGAAGGUGGUAGGGGAGGAGGAGGUGGAGGAAGGGGAGAGGGGAGGGGAGAGGAAGAGGAGGAGAAUGAAGAGUGGCAAGGGAGAGGAGGAAAAGGUGGGGGGAGGGGAGGAAGGGGGUGAGGGAAGAGGGGAGGAGGGGAUUCGAGUGAGGAUAAGGCUGAACAGGAGGAGAGGGGAAGGAGAGCGAGUGGAGGAGCACGAGGGGCGACAUGAGGGGGAACGGGGGGGCGAGGGGAGGGAGAGGAGGAAGAGGAAGGGAGAGCAUGAGGAAGCAAAAGAACGGGGCGAAGAGGGGGAGAAGGAUGGUUCGGCAAGGGGGGAUAAAAGGAACGUUGAGAGAAGUAUGAAGGAAGGAGAUUCAGCAGAGACGACUAAGGAGUUGGGAGAGAGGAAAGGAGGGGAAGCAGGAGUGGGCGAUGAUUUCCAUGAAGAGGUGACUCGCAGCAAGAGGAGGAGGAAGGGAGGAAAGGAGGAGGAGGGGAGGGAGGGGGCCAAGGGAAGACAGAGGAGGGAAGGAAAGGAGGUGGAGGAGGCGAGGAGAAGAAGUAUUGGUGUGAGUGGUGUGUUGCACGAGGAGGUUGAGGAGAGGAGUGACGGACGCUUGCAAGAGGAAGGUGAUGAGGGGAGGGGUGAGGGUUUGGAUGGGUUGACCAAGGAGGGUGAAGCACAAAAAAGUGAGGGGCAAAGGAAAAGGCAAAGGGAGGUGCAUAGGAAAGCAGAGGAGGAAGAGUGUAAGGAUAACAAGGGAGGCACGGGAAAGGAGGUGGAUGGUGAGGGGAAGGAGCAAGCCGGGGAGAAGCACGGGGCGGAAAAAGUGGGGUGGGAGGAAGGGGAAAGAAAGGAGAGAAGGAAGGAAGAACGAGAAGUAAACCAGGCGCAUGGGAGUGGUGCUAGUACGGAGGGUCUGGGUCUUGAAGCGCCUCCAAAGCCUUCUCAGGAAGAGAAGCAAACACAUGGGGGUGGCAGUAUCGGGGGUUUGGCGGGCUUGGAUGUUCUUAUAGGGGGGGCGGGCAGGGGGGGGAAUGCAGGUAGCAAUAGUGGGAGGGGGAGGGGCGAAGGAGGGAGGAGUGUUGGGGAAGGUGAGGAAGGGAAAGAUGAUGGAAAGGGGUGUGGGAAGGGGGAUAGCGUGGGCGAUGUGGAGGGGAAGAGGGAGGGCAGUGGGGAUGGAGAUGGGGAGGGAGCGGCAGGCAAGGGUGGGCCCAACAGGAGGGCGUCGGAUGCCUCUGCCACGGCUGGCAGGCAGGAGACACACGGCAGGCAGCAGCUAGAAGCAGCUGCGGUCGGUGCUUCUCAAAGUGCUGCUGGGACUGGUGGUGGUGUAGGUGGUGAUGGUAGUGCUGGUUGUGCUGGAGUUGGCGGUGCUAGUGUGGGUGGUUCUGGCAGUGUUCCUGGUGCUACUGGUGGUGAUGGAGGGGUGAGGGGCUUGAAGCUGAUGAUUCGCAAGUCGCACGGGACGGGAGGAAUGGGCGGCAAGGGCAGGGAUGAAGACAACAGACCAACCUAG